AUGGUCAGCAGUGGAAAUCGCAAUGCGUUCGCUGGUCCGAGCUCAAGCUCAAGCUCAGGCACCGGUCCCGGCGCCAGCGCGAACGGUGGGAGACCCGCCGGUCCUGUCCGACCUACCAAAUUACAGGUCAUCCCUAGUACUUGGGAGGGGACCAUAUCUGCUCCUAUCGAGGAGAAGGACCCUGCGGUAUUUCUGCAUUCGAUGGCCCAGGUAUUGGAUGAGUAUCACUUACCUACUAAGCGGCACCUCCAUCUCCUCCUCUUCCUGACUCUAACGUCCGAUCCCCCUCUCGCGCCCCUCGCCAUCCGCACCUUCUCCCACCUCCUUUCCCUUCUCUCUCCUUCCGCCUUAGCUCCGCUACUACCCUCCGUCACCUCGCACUCCGCCGAAGACCCCGACUGGUUCACAUGGGACGAGCCCCCCAAAGGCAGCAUCGACCGGUCCGUCCGCCGGUUCAUGCGCCGCGCGAUCGAUUCCGGCGUCUGGGCUCUACUGGCGGAAUACAAAGUGAAGGGCAAAGAAGAAGAUGCGCUGGUGAAGGUGGAAAGAGAGCUGAAGUUGGGGGCGGGGGCUGUGAAGCUCGAGAGUGGGAAGAAGGGACGGGGCAGGCCGAGGGCAAGUAAAACGGCGGUGGUGCAGCCCGAAGAGGAAGAAGAGGAGGAAGAGCAGGAAGAAGUGGAGGAGGAAGAAGACGAGGAGAGGGAGGGGGAGCGGGAAGAGGCGAUGGGGAGGAAAGGAGAGAAGUUUAUUGGUGGGAAAGGGUGGGAGGUGUUGGGGCUGUUUGUGGAGAUGUGGAGGGAGGAUCAGAGGGAGCAUCUGGCGAAGCAUCCGAAUGAAUCGUGGUCCCCUCUCUUCCUGCAACAACUCCCGCAGCCCUACGUCAGCCGGGACCGCAGCGUCAAGACCACACUCCAGAUGGACGAUGCGUCUCUUGCGCUGAAAGCUAUCCGUGCGGGGUUGUUGUUCUGCGCAGCGGACGAUGUGGAGAGCAGUGAGAAGCGUAGAGUCAGGGAGAUUUGCGCGGGAAUUUUGAGGCUGGUACGUGACCUUUCAUUUCGGCGAAGAUGGCUCUUCUCCCUCAUCAUCCCAUUCACGGUUUCUUCUGGACACCUAUCGCUCGAGCUCCCACUGCAUGCCUGA